UUCCGUCUUUCUGGCGUGUAAAUUGAUAUGUUAUUGUCAACACUGAUGCCUAUCGAUAACUAGUGACCGAUUCGGACGUGGUUUUUCCCACUUGGCAAUGCAGCAAAUUCCCGUAUGUGAUACACAGAGCUCCCGUUUCCUAGAAACAAACAAACGAAGAAGUUCGAGUUCACAAGAGUUACCUUAGAAGUGGGUACAGUAAAUAAUCGAGAGAAACUCAACCUCUGCCUGCAGUCCUGAGAUCGAUGAAUCUCCGUUUGGUCAGAUACUGAGUAAACAAACGCCAUGUCGGCAGCGCGAAAUUCCGCUGACCAAGCCGAUUUGGCGCUCUUGGUGGGCAAUAACAAGGGUAACCAGACCAGAAGCAGCGGUACUCCAAAAAAAUUUGCCUCAGCUGUAGCCCCAAACUCCAUCAGAAUGUGCCACCCCAGCAAUAUGAACAAUAACCAGAGCAACAAACAGCUAAACUCUAUCUGCCAGCGUGCUCAGGCGGGCCACAAACUAAUGAUCAUCAUGCGUGGCCCUCCCGGGAGUGGAAAGACUACACUGGCUAAAUCCUUACUUCGCCAAGCCCACCUACUCGAGCGGCACGAGGUGAGCGACUUUGUCCUCAGCUCGGACGACUACUUCUAUACACGCCGCGGCUAUGAUUUCGAUCCCACCUUGAUACCAGCCGCCCACGAUUGGAAUCAAGGGCGAGUCCGUGAGAAGGCUGCAAUCGGUUGGAGCCCCAUUAUCGUGGAUAACACCAACACGAUGGUAUGGGAGAUGCAACCCUAUGUCCAGACUGCCGUCCGCUAUGGAUACGUCCUGGAGCUGCUUGAACCACAAACCAGUUGGUGUAAGUCGGCCAGCCAGCUGGCCCAGAAGAACGUACACAAUGUCCCACGGCAGAGCAUCCAGCGCAUGCUGGAUCGCUUCGAGCGUACCACUGUCAGUGACCUCAUUCAGUUGAUGAAGGAGACAAAGUACUCGGUAGACCUACCGCAACUGCGCCAACACCCGCGCCUUCCUUCAGUUCCUGUCAUAACUGCAUUUGAGGAGAACAAGUCAUUGGAAGCAGCAAUCCCAGCUCCUCAGAAUGACAGCCUAAAGCGAAAUGCCAAUUCACAAUCGUGGGUGCCCUACGAACAGGGAGCGCCAUCAUACUGGUCCCAGAUAGCGGACUCUGCAUAUCCUGCUUCUGCUUCGGCAGUUCCGGAUUCUCUUCCUGCUCCUUCUGCUCCAGCUUCAGCAAAGAGUGAGGUAUCGCUGAUUGAGCUUCUUCGCGACAAUGCCAAAAUAGAGGAUGCGCCAUCAACGGCGGAGUCCAUUGAGACAAAGACGUUUCAGAGGCACUGCUUAGACUGCCGUAACGAACCAAAAGGAUUUGCACUUCUGCGCCAGAUGUAUCCGAACAAAGAGAUAACUGGCCUCUGGGAUCUGUUCGUCAAGUGUCAGGCCGACGUUGACUGGGCCGUCGAUAUUCUGUUAAAGGAGGACGAGUUAAACGAUGCCACGUACUCGGAUCAGUUCCGAUUGAAGGAAACCACAAGUACCGAGGAGGCAGUGGAGUUUCAAUGCGACUGCGAUAGGACGAUGGGGAGCCAAGAAUCACAAGCUCCCACUGUACUGUCGUCAUCACCAACUCCGACUGUAACUAAGACUGCACCGAAGCCGCAGCGUCAACCUAGAAACAAACGAAUUUCGACUUCCACCAAUAAAGAAUUGCAGCUGCAAAUCCAGAAUUGCUUCGUGUUAGGCGACGAACAAUACUCGGAGCACACUCGUAAAAUCCGCGACAUCCGUAAUGCGAUUCUGGAUCAACCUAUCGUGCCCAAAUUGGCAGAAUCGAUCGAAGUUUCAGAGCUUGACGAGCCGGAAGAAGAGGACCCUGAAGACAAUACAUUGCUGGAAAUGGAUCUGGGCGGGACUCUAAUUGAGCAGCUACGCGCUCAGUUUGAGACAGACAACGAAAUGUUCCCGCCAGAGCUAGAACUGCUCCCCGCCACAAAAAUAUUUGUGCCCCGCCAGCUAGCCAAGCAGCUUUACAUGCUGUGGAUGGAGGCCGUUUAUAACCAACUGGAGGAACAACGUCAACAGACCCUACGCGAUGAUGAGCAGUUUGCCCGUCUUAUCAAGCACCCGGACUACGCCGACUGCAGAGAAUCGCCCAGCAAUGUUGGCGAACUGCUAGACAUGGAGCUUGCCUGGAGCAUAUACAAUAGCGAGCAGCUAGCCGCCAAGCAGGCAGCCGAAUUGGCAGCCCGCAAGCAGCCACCUAACGAUAUCGCCACCCAUCUAACCAAAAUGAAGCUAUGCGAGACAUUCCCCGAAAUCCCCAGAGAAACUGUGCUCGAGGUUUUUGCAGCUACUGGCAGUAACUACGGUCAAACGGUCGAGGUCUUGGACAGCAACGUCCAGAGUACGUUGAGUGAAGCAGAACUGUAUGAAAAGGCUCUUCGCGAGGGUGAAAAGCUCAGUGCUCAAGUUGCACUGGAAGUACGGAAGCACCAGCACCAGCAAACACAAGUGCAACAGAACUCCUUAAACCAAGGUCAGCGUUCCAGUUCAAGUUCAUCCAACACUGGCCGCUCCCCUCAGCUACAUGAAGAGGCCAAGUGCGCUGCUCUACGUGACUUUGAGGAGACGCGCAAUAUGGCCGCUCAUCACUCCCAGUUGAAAGCCGAGUGCUACUUGAAGGCCAAGCAGGCGGUACAGCGUGGCAACGGUACCGUCGCGCUUUACUAUUCUGAAAUAGCCAAUUUGCAUAAGCAGAAGAUCGACGUCUUUAACCAGAGGGCGGCCAAUUGCAUCAUGGAAGUGCAUCGGCACACCCAGAACAACCCGGACCUGCUAGACCUGCACUACCUGCACACUGUAGAGGCGAUCAGCUGCCUAGAUCUGUUCCUCGACCGUCACAUAACUGUUCUGCGCAACACCACACGCGUUUACAAGCACGUGUUUAUAAUAACGGGGCGUGGAUUGCACAGCGCUAACGGAGUGUCCACCAUCAAAAACAGAGUGAAGUCAAGGUUGGGCGAACGUCGAUUACGAUGGCAAGAGGUCAACCCUGGAUUACUGCGCGUUAAAGUGUUCUCGGCGUCACGUCAUUCAAAGAACUUCUGAUUAAACGCGUAAAAAAAGAUUGGAAUAGCAGAGCAGAAGCGAUUUCAAACUGCCAUAUAGAGACAGAGGCAAUGAACAUGGAACAGGGAGAACUACCUCAUCCGUUAUUUGACAUUCGCACAUGUCUUAAAAAUCUUUGAAGUUAUAUAAUCCUUGCUAUCCAAUCCUGGCCACUGUAUUACUUUUGAAUGUGUUCUAGAACCUGAGAAACAUUCCCAAUUUUAUAACUGUUUAUUUCUAAAAAUGCUCGUCACAAUUAUUUUUAUUUUAAGUUCAAGCUUUGCAUCCAUAUUUGAUUUCGUAUAAGACGCGAAUUAUCUAACCACUUUCACAAAGUGGUGCUCCAGUAUCUUCCACUAAGAUAUCAAUGAAAAAUACUUAUUUUUGUACCUUUUUACAUAAAGUAAAGCUUAGGCAUAAUAUAAGAUCCCUAGUCCUAAGACAAACAUCGUCCAAAAAAUAUCAUUAAAUGUAUUUUUGGUAAUCAAUUUCGAUUAGUGUUGUAUUCGGGAGAACUACAUUCAUUUUUAAUACUUGGAAUCCAAGUCUUGGAUAAUAGUAUUUAGAAACGACAAACAACUUCUUCGAUUUAUUUGUAUAUAAUCUUGCGAUACUCAAGUCCAUUACAUUUCAAAUAAGUAUAUCAAAAUAGAUAUUCAUUUUUAUUGAA